AUGCUUGCUAUUACCGGCACUGCUCUUGCGUCGGGGCUUGGCGGGGUUUAUUUCGAAAAGGUCCUCCGGGAUAGCUCGCAGCGCACCUCCAUGUGGGUGCGCAACGUUCAGCUUGCGAUCUAUUCUGUUUUCCCGGCACUUUUCAUCGGCGUUGGGUUCCAGGAUGGCGAGAAAAUCUCCAACGACGGCUUUUUCCAGGGCUACAACUGGGCAGUCUGGGCAACAAUUGUACUACAAGCUCUUGGUGGGAUCUUGACCACCUUUACUAUCCGCCACUCACAGAGUGACCCCAGUUCUUUCGCCACAACCGCUAGUAUCAUUCUCAGCAUUCUAUCGAGCGUCUGGCUUUUCGAUUUCCAACUCACCACAAGCGUAUGUUUUUGA